AAACAAACAGCCCGGUAUGCUCCGCUGCCGUAGCCAGCACUUUUGACUAGCAUCUGAACAAAUGGAGGCUUGGUUGGGGUGACCAAGAUGAAGCAGUGAAGGAGAAAAUAAACGGCCAUUUCAGCACGAAAGACGGUCAAAAAGACCGGAAAGAGUGGGAGAUUCCCAUCACAUGACAUCAUAAAAUCCAUGCCACUGGAUUAAGGCACACAGGUCUCCUCCACAAUGCAGAAAGCCUCUUAUUAUGAUAAUUCAGGGUUAUUUGGAGGCUACCCGUACCCCAAAUCUGACUCAUACCCGUACGGCCCCACCCAUCAGCAGUACCCCUCCUCUAACAUCGAGAAUGAUUUUGAGGGUCCGGUUUGCCCGGUGCAAACGCCAGCGCUCCGACCCCCAACACAUAAAAUCAGUGACCUAAACGGCAGCUGCAUGCAAACAGGUAACACCCAGGGCAACAGCCAGGCUGCAGGCAGUGACAAGCAGCAGCAGCAAGCACCUCCUCUGCUCUCCCCCUCGCCCAAUUCAAGCAGCACUGCGCAGAAAAAGAAGUCCCCCCCCAACAGCGCUUCCACCAGCACCACCCCAACCGUCACAAAACAAAUAUUUCCAUGGAUGAAGGAGUGCCGGCAGAACUCAAAACAGAAAAACUGUGCAACACCUGCAGGUGAAACGUGUGAUGAGAAAAGUCCUCCGGGACCGGCUUCCAAACGAGUGCGCACCGCCUACACCAGCGCCCAACUUGUCGAACUUGAAAAAGAGUUCCAUUUCAACCGAUACCUGUGUCGCCCCCGCAGGGUGGAGAUGGCCAAUUUACUCAAUCUCACAGAGCGUCAAAUAAAGAUUUGGUUUCAGAACAGGAGGAUGAAGUACAAAAAGGAUCAAAAGGCUAAGGGGAUAAUGCACUCUCCCAUCGGACACUCUCCCGACAGAAGUCCGCCGUUGAGCGGCACGAAUCACAUCGGAUAUUCCGGGCAGCUCCAAAACGUAAACAGCCUCGGCUACGACGCGCCCUCGCCUCCGCCGUUCGCCAAGCCUCAACAAAACAUGUACGGCUUGGCUGCCUACACGGCGCCAUUGGGCGGCUGCAUGCCGCAGCAGAAAAGGUACCCUGCCUCCGAGUACGAACACCACAGCAUACAAGGCAACGGCGGCUUUGCCAACGCUAAUUUACAAGGCAGCCCCGUGUACGUCGGGGGGAAUUUCGUUGAUUCCAUGCCAGCCUCGGGCCCCAUGUUCAACCUCGGCCAUAUCCCCCACCCCUCAUCCGCCAGCGUGGACUACAGCUGCGCGGCCCAGGUCCCCGGCAACCACCAUCACGGACCCUGUGACCCCCAUCCCACGUACACAGACCUCUCCUCUCACCACGCAUCUCAGGGAAGGAUUCAGGAAGCGCCGAAACUGACGCAUCUGUAGUGGAUUCUGUCCGUGUACCGAAGCGAUGUUCUCGCUUUUUUUAAUACCUCAGUCUGAAGCGU